AGUUCCUCAGUGGAGGUCGUGCAAUUACAUGCUGGACGUCCGCCAUGCCACAGCUGCCGCGAUGUUUAUGCAAAGGUAGUGGCUACUGGAUCGUUGCUUAGAACCGUGUCUUCGUAACACGCAGUCUGCACUAAAUGCCGUAUUCAUUGCACCGAACGGCUUUAGUUUCCUUUUCUCGGCUCUAACGAAGACAAGCAAGUCAACAAGUAUGAGCACAAUUUCAGGACAGCGGUCCGCUGCAGCAGCGACCUUACCCGUGGCUCCGGAAUCAAACGGGCCAUCUUUCUCGAUUACAGCGAAUCUUUUGCGUCUGUUUAAGCAUAUCAAGUAUGAAAAUUUGGCAGCGGGACUUAGCGGGGGCGUCAUAUCAACAAUGGUGCUCCACCCUCUGGAUCUGGUCAAAAUUCGCUUUGCAGUCAGCGAUGGUCUGAGUUUCAGGCCACAUUAUAAUGGUAUUCUGCACUGUAUGAAAAGUAUCUGGAAGGUAGAUGGGAUCAGAGGACUGUACCAGGGUGUGACCCCCAACAUUUGGGGCACAGGGGCAUCGUGGGGGUUUUACUUCCUGUUUUAUAAUGCAAUUAAAGCCUAUAUCCAGGAGAGCAGACAGUCUGAACUGAGUGCCGUCGAGCACCUGGUGUCUGCAGCAGAGGCAGGCAUUCUGACGCUUUGCCUUACGAACCCGGUCUGGGUGACAAAGACCCGACUGGUGCUGCAGUACAAUGCAGAGCCGGACGGAAAGCAGUACAAGGGAAUGCUGGACGCCCUCGUGAAAAUUUACCGUCACGAGGGUAUCCCAGGAUUAUACAGGGGCUUCCUGCCAGGGCUAGUGGGUACAUCCCAUGCUGCCCUGCAGUUCAUGACAUAUGAAGGUCUGAAGAGGGAACAAAACAGAUAUAAGGAGAUGCCUUCAGAAGCACUUCUGUCUCCACUGGAAUAUAUCACCAUGGCAGCUAUAUCCAAAAUAUUUGCGGUGGCAACAACCUACCCAUACCAGGUGGUGAGAGCCCGCCUUCAGGACCAGCACAGCAACUACAGUGGAAUAGUGGAUGUGAUCAGGAGGACAUGGAGGAACGAGGGCAUGGAGGGCUUUUACAAGGGCAUGGUGCCCAACCUGGUGCGUGUCAUCCCAGCCUGCUGCAUCACCUUCCUCGUCUAUGAGAACGUCUCACGUCUGCUCCUGGGACAAUACAACUGAUUCAUGCACACAUCAACACAGCCAGGGACCAACCAACGCACAAGUCAACACACCGUAUGACGCACACAUGCAUGUUAAGGCGCGUUUUGGGGAGGUCACCACAGAACCUUCUGCAGACUAGAGACAGUAGAGGGAGGUCUGAUUAAGUGACUCUUACCUCACGAGAGGUCCAGCCAUAGCAUCAGUGCGAUCGGAGAGGAGGAACAGGUUUCCAUGUUGUUGUGUGGAAUUGUGGAUGUUAUAAUCACAAAUGAAUAUAAUGUAUAAAAUGAAAUGAUCAGGGUGUAUACAAACUGAUUUAAAGCCAUUGUAUGUAUGAUGAAGCCACUGCAGUUAUCUGAGUUUAUGAUAUGAGUAUUCUAGCAAGUGAACACUGACAUCAUACCGUGCGACUUUUUGUACUGUGUGUGGACUAGACUGAGCAAACCCUUGAGCGGUAGGUGAAGAGUGUGGUAUCUGUGAGAACUGGGGCAAAGUUCAGGGGCUGAACCCUGUGAAGUCCCCUUGAGGACAUGACAUGAUAUGACAUGAAUGAAAUUCCAGCCUCUGAAACUGGAGCUGAAGUGGACCAUACUGGGCUCAGUGGAAUGGUAUAACUGCAGGUUGGCAGCAAGGACCAGAAACCCGACCAAGGAAGAAGGCUAGUGGAAAAGACUACAUCUCAGGAUUAAAUGGGUUAAUAGCUCAACAUAUGAGUUGUGCUGGGAAGUGAUAUCUUUAUCAUUAUAUCUGUAUAUUUAUUAAAUAAAUAAAUAAAAACUGUGUGACAACGUGAGCCAAGCCCCGCACAGCAAUGUGCAAGUUCUUAAGUUGCAUACCAGAUACACAUGCUCUUUAUACACAUCCUGCUUAUCCAAUGUGUAUUUCAGUCUCAUGGUUUAUAUGUGUUACAUAGCAGUGUGCCAAUAAUAUUGGCUACUGUCAAAUAGAAACAAAAUCAUGUCUUUAAGAAUGCAAAGACUUGACUCAGGAGAGCUGGAGUAUCUACAUGUAAUUUUUACAGAAUUAAUAAAAGAUAAAAGUAAGACA